AUGUACAGGACAACUGCCCUGACCGCCCACGCCAUUGGAAGACUCCGCCAGCACGUCUGCCCAUCAUCAUGCAUCGCGAGAUCGUUCGCGAUCAGCACCAAGCGUCCUUCUCAGGACGAUGACGACGCCGAGCGUGCCGCCGCCCGCCAGUGGCUGAAGAGGCUCGACCCUGAUACGAUUCCGAGGGACAUGUGCGAAGUCAGCUUCAGCAGAUCCUCUGGUCCUGGCGGGCAGAAUGUGAACAAGUGCGCACAGCAGCACCAUUGAUCCAGUUCAUCCCCCACUGACACCUGUCGAGAGUAUCGUCCAAAGCAACCCUUCGCAUAUCAACGUCCGCGCUCCUCGACCGUAUUCCGAAACUGCUCCACGAACCGAUCCUCAAGAGUCGAUAUUGCGCCGCCAGAUCAAACGACAUUGUGAUCCAAUCAGACGAUGCGCGCAAGCAGAAUGAGAACGUCAACGCAUGCUUUCGCAAACUCAACGAGCUCAUAGUCCAAGCUGGGAGGGAGACUGUCCCAGGCGAGACCAGUCCGGAGCAGAAGAAACGCGUAGAGCAGCUUCAAAAGGCAGAAGCCGCUGGCAGGAGGAAGAUGAAGGAGUUUCAGAGCAAGAAGAAGAGCGCAAGGCGUGGGGGUGGUCGUGGUGAUGAAUGA